AAAUUUGUUUUUCUCUAUAUAUUUGAAUUGUGUGUUUUUUUUUAGUUAUGCAAAUGCUGGUCACACUUGCGUGGCAGCUGCAUCGAUUUCUGCUUGCUUGAUCGAUUAUCGACCGACCGCCACAUUCAGCUGGCGCUCAGCUGAUUCAGUUUGGGCACACUCUUCAAGUGCAGCUUAGUUGUGAUCUUUUGUUUAGCCGGCUUGUCUUAAUCUCUUAAUUAAAACAGUUAAUUAUAAGUAUGAAUAUACGCUUUACUUGAUAUAUCAGCCAGUGCAAUUUGCCUUUCAAGCGGCUCAGCUUAUCGCAGACAAAUGACAAGCAGCAGCAGCAGCAGCAACAGAGCUCAACAAAAACGUGCCAAGCUGCUGCAACAACGAGCAAAGUGAACAACAAAUACAAGAACUAAUAUAAACAAGAGCGAACCGCAAAAAGCCAACCGCAACAACAAACCACAAUCGGCAAAAUCAUCAACACUGGCGCGACAGUCCGGCCCUUCCAGGCUGCCCAGCGGCCAAACGACAGAGAGCGAAAGAGAAGGAGAGUAACAGAGACAGAGAGCGACAGAGAGAUUCGUUCGUGUCAGUUGCAAUUUUGACAACGCCAACGAACCGCAAACACCCGCGCAAAAGUCAUGACAACUGCUGCAGCAUCAGCUACUGCUCCUGCGCCUGCCACGCCUCCGCCUCCGCCUGCGUCGGCUGUGCCGCCCCCGCCUCAAGCUAAGUCGCUAAACGCGCUGCUGCACUUGCCCGCAGAGAUGGAGUUGAGCCAAAUUGAGUUGAUCUAUCGGGCGGAGGGUAAUGCAAAUUUGGUGCUGGCAUUGCCGCAAUUUAAAAAAGUUUUACGUUUGCCAAAAAUGAUAUCCAGCAGCAGUAGCAGCAGCACAAGCAGCAGGAGUCGUUGCUGCCAGCCGGCCAGCGCAGACCAACCGGAAGGACAGCAACCCAGCGUUUCCGACCCAAGCGAAGCAUCAAGCUCAAAAGCUGGCGCCUUGACAAUGCCCGAUUUUAUGGCUUAUAUCGAGAUAAUGCGCCGUCUAUUAGGAAAUGAGUUUGUCUGUGCAGCGGAUAUUGUUGCCAUACCAAAGGAAAGCGAUAGAUGCUGGAUAAACGAGCACAUACGCCAGCACAGGCCGGUUUCGCGUCUGGAUAAGGAAUUUGUGGGGCCAUUCGGUCUGCUGCUGCCAGAUGUGACCCAAUUGCCUGCCACAUUCGAUGUUUUACUUGCCAAUUUACAGGCAAAGGACAUGAACAUGGACACGGACAUGGAUGCGGACAUAUGCAGCAGCAGCAGCAGGAGUAGGAGCUGCACUACCAGCAGUAGCUGUGGAGUAAGCCGUCUGGGCAAUACAUAUGCCAUCGAAAUAAAACCGAAGCAGGGCUGGCUCCAGUUGCCAAGUGAUGUCAGCGAUUUAUUUGAUUUAAUGCCAACUGGCGACGGCACAAUGGACCCGACCUGCGAACCUGAACCACAGCCCGAACCCCAAGCUGAACCUGAACCUGAACCCAAGCCGGUAAAGGCAAACGAAUCGACGGCGACGAAGAAGGUGCGGCCAACGGUUGAUACGUUGUUAAAGCCAGACAAAUGCAGGUGUCGCUAUUGCAGCAUGCAGGUGGUAAAGCUGCACUUGGGUAAAAUCAAGCGAUUGGGCCAAUAUUGUCCAUUGCAUUUGUUCUCCGGUGCUCCUGGUCGUAUGCUCGAUGCCUUGAAUGCGCUUUUCGCUUGUCCGCAAAAUAAUUUACGUGUAUUUCAGAGCGGGAAUUUAAUUUAUGGCGAUCACGCGAAUUCGAUUUCCUGCGAGCAGCUCCACACUCAACUCUUCCCAGGUGAAAUUAUGGCGCUUAUAAAACAUUUGUUGGUCGCCUGCCUGCUUAGGGAAUACAGCCAGGAGGAGAAGGAAGAGGAGCAGCAGGAGCAGGCAGCGAAUGAAAGCCACAGCCACGUGGCUGCUGCUGCUGCUGCUGCUGCUGCAUUUGGGAAAUCGACAUUCAAACGUUGUGGCAUGAAGACAAAGCCAACCGAAACUAUAGAAAUUGGCAGGGCAAAGCACGUAGAGAACCAGCAGUACCUGGAGCAGGAGCAGCCGAGGGAGGAGGCGAGCAUAGUUGACUUUGUCAAAGCUGUUGGUGGUCAGCCGCAGCGGCGAGCAGCAGCUGCUGAAACAGCCAGCCCAAGGUACACAAAGCGUACCAAAAUGACAACAACAGCAAAGGCAAUACAAACAGCAACAACAACAACAACAACAGCAACAACAAUGCCAGCGAAUGUGGCAACACGAAUAGCAAUGGAAACGGAAACGGAAGCGGAAACAACGUCGACAGCGUUGGCUACUCUGAACCCAGCGCCGCAACUUGUCGCGUCUCCCCUGGCGCCCUGCGAGACUCAAGCAGGGAUCAGCCAGGCGGAAAUAUUUCACUUACCCAAAAAUUGUGUUUUGCAAAAAAUUUUGCAUUUGCAAUUGUUGGUCAAGCGACAUUUUCAUUAUAUGUGGGCGCAAGGAUAUGCCCGGCAGGGCACGCCCAGCUACAAGGCGCUGCGGGCACUGCUCGCCAGCUGUCAGCAGGACAAUGUGCAGGAGCUGGCAGCCGAGCAGGCUUAUAUGCUGGGCGCCACGGCGCUCGAUUGCUCCAUAAUGCUGACAUUUCAGGAAGUGCAAUGUCAGGCGAAGCAUCACAGUGCUUUGCAGCCUUGGCUCAUUUCGCUGCAGGGUCGUCAAUUUCUGACCAAGCUGAGCGUUUUAGAUCUGGAUCCCAAGCCCGACAGCCAUUUUCACAAAUAUAUAAAGCAAACGCGUCAGAUUGAAAAGUUUUGCGGCGCAUUAAAUUAAUUAAUAAAGUCGCGACGCGACGCGAAACUAAACCCAAAAUCAUUAACAAAUUCGCAGCGCACAAAACUGUGCUACACUUUUUGUUCACUGGCUAAAUGAGGAAAUUCCUUGUGCCUUUUGUUGUGGAGACUGAUUGUAAUUAUGACUGGGGGCGUAUUGUGUCAACAGAGAGGUGAGCAGUGUUUUAUAUUUGUAAGGUAAUUAUAUAAAUAAAUUAUCGAGUGGAUAGCCAAUGGAAUGAAGACUGUGAAUGUAGCUAUACUGACUUAAGUCUCUUAGCUUGUGAUAGAUGCCUUACGAAUGUAUCUAAGGCUAUUUCAUAGUCUAUUAUACCAAGAAUUCUGGGUUGACGUUUUCAGAUUACGAUAUAUGUUGCUUUAUCAUGAUCAGAGUUUAGUUUAUAUAUUAAAAUAUAUAUUUAUUUAAUAAAAUUGUAUACCUAUAUAUUAAGCUACGACUGGCCCAUAGAUUAAAUUGUUUAUCAAUCAAUCAAUCAA